AUGUUUAAAAAUACUUACACUCGAUAUAAGAUCCCGAGCAGGCACCCUAAUAUUGUGCGUAUGUUUGGAUAUUUCCAUGAUGAAACUAGAGUAUUUAUGAUCCUAGAAUAUGCACACAAAGUGCUGUACAACGAAUUGCAAGCACAAGAAAAUCAACGGUUCUCUGAAGAUCGGGCAGCAUUUUAUAUUAAGCAAUUAACAGAAGCGCUGAUUUAUUGCCAUGAUAAAAAUAUUAUACAUCGAGAUAUAAAACCAGCGAAUCUUUUAAUUACCAAAGGAGGUGACUUAAAAAUUGCUGAUUUCGGGUUGUCCGUACAUUCAAAGGCUAUUAUAAAGCGUACGACACAAUGUGGAACCCUGGACUAUAUGCCACCUGAAAUAGUUAGCGCAAACUCUUAUGACAAAUCAUUUGAUGUUUGGAGUGUAGGUGUAUUAUUAUAUGAGAUUUUAGUGGGUAAACUACCUUUUGGAGCUUCAACAUUUGAAAAGACGAAAGCAAGGAUAUCAAAUGCUCAAUAUAUUUUCCCUCAACAUGUUACUCCACAUGCUCGGGAUCUUAUAUCGAGUUUAUUGAGAGUGAAACCAGAAAGUCGUUUAAGUCUCAAAGAUUUGUUACUACACAACUGGAUAAAAAUUCACACACAUGAUACGCGGUAUCAUGAAAUUUUAUUAUAA